AUGCCAUAUCCGGUGGACAAAGGCCUCCGCCAUGCCUACAAAUUCACGAAAGUGUUCGAAGAGACCCGUGUACUGCCUGAUGUCGAGCAGUUCAAACCCGAACCUGAUAGCGAGGGACAAGCGUUGCUGUCGUAUUGGGAUCAGGAUGAUUCUUGCUUCUAUCUCAUCCGAUGCCAAUAUAACUUCAGACGCGGUCGCUGUCUGGGGAGUUAUGAACGAAAUCAGAAGUCGCUCGAGAUGAUUCGCGGAUUUAUGCACAAACUUCAAAAACAAAAUGACCAAAUCGGAGAAAAUCCCGCUGAAACGACGGAGAAGCUGAAGGAGGAGUGCAUCAAGUUCAACGAGUACAACAAAGGCGCCACGCAGUUGGAUCUAUUGACCGAUUCGAUCUGGCGUCCAAAAGGCCAGCGGUACUCACCGUGGACGAUGAACGAUGAGAAAUUAUUUGACAUUCGUCCAGUAUACCCGAUGGAUGCCCGCCUCCGUGAUGCCUACAAAUUCACGAAGACUUUCGAGGAGACGGGCCUACUCCCC